UCUCUUCCCUCUAAAAACAUUUUGAUAUUCUCGACAAGAUCGUCUUGUUCGGCUAGGGUUCCUCGCCGAACUAACCAUCCAUCAUCUUCCACUAGUUUCUGUAAGGGUUUCCAAAGAGCCAUGGAGAGUGGGAAACGAGACAGAGACAUGGAAGUGCAAACCACUCACAGGAAGCCACGUGUACUGCUCGCUGCAAGCGGAAGCGUCGCGGCUAUCAAAUUCGGCAACCUCUGCCAUUGCUUCAGAGAGUGGGCUGAAGUGAGAGCCGUCGUAUCGAAAUCGUCUCUGCCUUUCCUCGACAGACUCUCUCUCCCACGGGGGAGCUGGAACAAGAUCGGUGAUCCCGUGCUUCACAUUGAGCUCAGACGCUGGGCUGAUGUUUUGGUCAUUGCUCCUUUGUCUGCUAACACGUUAGGCAAAGGUAAAAACAUCUAAAGAAUCAAACUCAUUGCUGGUGGGCUGUGUGAUAAUCUUCUGACUUGUAUCAUUCGAGCUUGGGAUUACAGCAAACCCCUUUUCGUUGCACCAGCGAUGAAUACUUUAAUGUGGAACAGUCCUUUUACAGAAAGGCAUCUGUUGACGCUUGAUGAACUUGGAGUCACACUCAUUCCUCCCAUCAAGAAGAGAUUGGCGUGUGGGGACUAUGGUAACGGCGCAAUGGCUGAGCCUUCUCUUAUCUAUUCCACUGUCAGACUCUUCUGGGAGUCCCAGGCUCAUCAGCAAAGUGCUGGAACAAGUUAAGGUCUCCACUUUG